AUAUUUUUUUGGUAGAAAAAGCAAACAAAGUACAGAUUUAUUAGAAAUUAUGUGUAGAAUUCAGUAAAUAAAUAAAUUAGUUAACAAAAACUAAAGAUUUAAUGAAGUAUUAAGAAAGUGCACAGCUCACAAAAUGGAAACAAACGAUUUAACACAACUUUCGGAAGAAUUGAUUCAGCGUUUAGGUAGUGGCGGAGAUUUAGAGGGUAUGAUGUCCAGUGAGCUAUUUCAGCAGGGAGAUUUAUACAUGUCCAGUCAGGAUGACAGCAACUCCAAUGUGGCCGUAGACAACGAAAUUAUUAUGCAUAUGGAUAUACGCGAACCUCUAAGAACACUACAGAAACUUUUGGAGAAAAAAGUGGGUCUAAGUCUUGAGGGCUAUGAAUUUUGGCUGCAAGAUGCUCAAGAGCUUGAACCACAUAAAAAUUUGGUUGAUCAAUGUGUCAAAGGUGAAGGUUUGGUGCAAAUCAAUGUGGAAAUUAAAUACAUUAUCAAACGCAUUAACAUACUGGAUGUUUUAAAGCCUACUGAAGAUGCUUUAGCUGUCUUAGCGGCUGAAGAAGCCUACAAAACCGAUGCAUCUACCGAUGAUGAACAUGCUAUGCGUGAUGGAUCUCAGGAAGAUACCGAAGAAGAAUCUAAGCCCAAAAGAAUAAAACGUGAACUGACUCUAACAUCGCCGGGUACUGCCGCACAGAGUGAUAAACCUUGUUUGAAUUGGGUUUUAGAUAGUAAAUUCCGCAAGGAGCAGCUUAGACUUAAAAUUCCCGAAAAUCCCACAGAAUGGACUGUGGCUCAGGUUAAAUUUUGGUUUCAGUGGGCUGCGCGUGAAUUUGAAUUGACUGACGCAAAUAUCGGUGAUUGGGCAAUUAGCGGCAGACAAUUAUGUGCCUUGACACAUGAAGAUUUUCGUAAAAAAAUAUCAAAAGAUCCUGGUAAUAUAUUUUGGACUCAUCUACAAUUACUAAAGGAAUGUAAAUUUGUGUCGGUAGUUCAUAAGGCAGCAGAAUCUGAACAAAAACCGGCAAUAAAACGACAACUUCAAGAUCCACUAGGCCUAAAUAUAGUGCCGCCAGUGGCAAGGGAACCAAAAAUUAUGCGUAAAACAUUCCAUAAUUUGAAAAAAGAAGCAAUUUUACACGAAACCCUAAGUGCUGCUGCCCAUAAUUUAAGCUCGCCCAGCGUGUUAACCCACAAUUCGUAUGGUGUUGGCUCUGGCAACAAUGGCCAAGUGCAGUUGUGGCAAUUUCUUUUAGAGAUUUUAACAGAUCGCGAACAUGUCGACAUCAUACAAUGGGUGGGCAAUGAUGGUGAGUUUAAGCUUUCCGAUCCGGAACGUGUAGCUCGUUUGUGGGGCGAAAAGAAAAAUAAGCCAGCCAUGAAUUAUGAGAAACUCUCGAGGGCAUUACGUUAUUACUACGAUGGUGAUAUGAUUUCAAAAGUGUCCGGUAAACGUUUUGCCUAUAAAUUCGAUUGCGAUUUGAGGCUAUUGAUUGGCUAUACUGCUGCUGAACUAUCGGCUUUAGUAAAUGAGAAGUCGUUUGUUGAUGAAACCGUUUACCUAGAGCAGAUGGAUAUGAAAACGGACGAAGAAUGACACUGGAUAAAUGUAAAAGAAGAACCGCUAUUUACUAUACUGGAAGAACAUGUUGUUGAAAGUAAAAGGGAAUUGCAGCCAGAUUAAACUAUGAAUUCAUUUACUUUAAUCAUAUAUAAUUGGAUAUAUAAUUUUUUGUUUCAAUUAUCGACAUUUUGUUUAAUUAUUAAUAUUCAUCAUAUUUUUUCAUUCAUUAAAAUUAUAUUUUAGUUUUUUAGUUUUAACCUGUUUAUUAAUCGAAAUUGUGCUGAAAAAAAACACUGGUGUUUUAACUGAAAAUAAUAAAACUAUUUUAUGUGAACACUGUUUUGUAGAAACAAAAUUCAUAUGUUAAUCAUUGAUAAAUGAACAAAAUAAAUCAUAACUUCUUUUUCAACACAAAUAAGUUGAAUUAAAAUAUAA